CUUCUCCAAAACCAGCUCCACCUCAACUUCUCGCUUUCUCUCUUCACCUUUAUCUCACCUUUACACAAUUGCAUCUCAUAAGUCCGUCUAACACAUACCGAAGCUGCACACACCCAACCCUCGUUGCCAUCCAACGUUUGCAUACUUAUACACCUACGACCAACACUACCACCACCACCACCGCCGCCGCCUGCUCAGUGACGCCUUCGAUAAACUAUGUCCGCACACAACGCGCCAUCACCACAGCAAUUCAACAUGACCUCACUCGGAAAGAAGGACGAGACAGAGGACAAUGGCUCCCGAUCCUCGACAUCCUCUACAGCGCCCGUUCAUCAGGCCAACGGCACCACCACUGUUGCCUCCAUCACCAACUCUAACUCUAACCCUGAAUCUGAGGACCGUGACCCUCUCAAACAGAGCCUUCACGAGUCCUUCCCCCAGCUCUUUGUCCUCCCCCACCUGCUGAAGAAGAAUGCUUGGAUCCUCUUGGCGGUGACCUCCGUCGUCAUGAUCGUCUACAUUUGGCUGUACAUUGGUGCUCUUUGGUCGCCUGUGACUCGCGUCAAGAACGUCGAGAUCAUCCUCUACAACGCCGACGCUGGAUUCGACUACUCCCAGACACCUCCUCAACUCGCACAAUUGUUCCAGACCAUCACCCACAACUCUUCGCUUGGAUCCAUGAUCGAGGGCCAGAUCAUGAACCCCGAGGGCCAGCUCAGCCAUGUUGUAUCUUGGGUCGACAAGACUCAGGAGCCUGGCUGGGAUCGCGACUCCUUGGUCGAUCAUGUCGAGAAAGGAAAGUCCUGGGGCCUUCUCUACAUUCCCGCCAAUUUUUCCAACAACUUUUUAUCCUAUGCCCCUUCCACCACCGCUGGUCCUGCCACCACGGAUUCAUUGAAGGUCGUUGAUAUCGAGUACGUUUUUGACCAAGGACGCGCCUACGGCACGCACUCGAUCAUCGAAAAGUACAUAUCCAAGUCUCUCGAUGUGUUGACCAAGGGGUUUGAGAAGAGUCUUCUCACAUCGCCCGCCAACCAGACCUUGCUCCAAAAUAUGCAUCCGGUCCUCUGGGUCCAGGCAAUCCACUUGACUGAGACAAUCAUGAACCCCGUCCUGAUCUAUGGCCAGAACUUUGCCACCUACGUCGUUUUCAUUGUCCUCUACAUUGGAUCUAUGCUUGCAGUCUACAGUAUCUGCAAGUAUCUCCCCAACACCAUCGAGACCGUUGGAGUCUUGACCUUUGGCUCCGAAGAAAACAUCAGCGCCGACAAGAAGACUGCCCAGAUCCCCAAGUUUCCCGCCCUCCGCAUUGUCUUGGCACGUAACACUGUCGCACUGAUGUUUUCCCUCGUUCAUACCAUCUUCAUCUGGAUGGUUCCUCAGGUUUUGGACGGCCACCAGAUGUCUUCACACUUCAACGCUGGUAUUGCCUUUGCGUUUAUCUGGUUCGUCGGCAUGUCCUUCAUCUCGACUCUUUUCUUGCUCUCGCACCUUUUAACCGUCGAUGGCUUCCAAGUCCCCGCAACCAUGUUCAUGAUUCUCAUGUUCACAUCCUCGGGUGGUAUUUUGGAUUGGGUUCUGAUGCCUGGAUUCUUCCGCGUCGGCACUGUUUUCCCCUUCACCUAUGCCGUCAAGGGCUUGAAGGCCAUUUACUUUGGAAGUCUGAGGGAGCAAAUGUGGAUCAAUUGGUUGGUCAUUCUGGCCUGGAUCCUCAUCCCCGGUCUCAUCACCAUGGCCAUGGCUCGCUCGGAGAUCCGUCUGAGACGCGAGAAAAUGCGUCGCACCGCCAGCGUUCCACCUCAAGUGUAAAAGAAAAAAAGCUCCCCCCCCCCCCCCCAUGAUACUCUAUUUCGGAAAGCAAACAGGGGUCGGCUUUUCCGGCCUUUUAUUUUUGUAGAUAUAUACCUACCCUUGCAUAGCAUACAGCAUAUCCAGCCUAAUAAUAAUAAUAAUAGUAUAAUUAUCAUCGCC